UGACGCCCAGCCCCUGCCGGUCCCCCAUGGCCCCGUGGAGCCGAUCGGCGGUGCUGAGUCUCUACCGGGCUCUGCUGCGCCAGGGCCGAGAACUUCGCUACAGCGAUCGAGACUUCUACUUGGCCUCCAUCCGUCGUGAGUUCCGGAAAAAUCAGAAACUGGAGGAUCCCGAGGCCCGGGAGAAGCAGCUGGAAAAGGGCCUGGUCUUCCUCCAUAGCAAACUGGGGGGGCUGGUUUAGAAUCCUUCCCCUUUCUCUCCCAUCCUAACUCCAAGGGGGAGGACGCGGUGCCUACUGUGACUGCUGCUGCCUCCCAGCCCCGCCUCCCAGAUGCGGUGAGAAGCCUCAGGUGAGCCAUGGCAGGCGCGGGUGAGCGCAAAGGCAAGAAGGAUGACAACGGCAUCGGCACGGCCAUUGACUUUGUGCUCUCCAAUGCCCGGCUGGUGCUGGGGGUGGGCGGAGCAGCCAUGCUGGGCAUCGCGACGCUGGCGGUGAAGCGGAUGUACGACCGGGCGAUCAGCGCCCCCACCAGCCCCACCCGCCUGAGCCACUCGGGGAAGAGGAGCUGGGAAGAACCAAACUGGAUGGGCUCCCCCCGUUUGCUGAACAAGGACAUGAAGGCCGGCCUGAGCAGGUCCCUGCAGACGCUCCCCACAGACUCCUCGGCCUUUGACACAGAUACAUUCUGCCCGCCCCGGCCCAAGCCAUUGGCCAGGAAGGGCCAGGUAGACUUGAAGAAGUCACGACUCCGCAUGUCCCUGCAGGAGAAACUGCUUUCUUAUUACCGGAACCGGGCAGCCAUCCCUGCCGGUGAGCAGGCUCGGGCCAAGCGAGCUGCCGUGGACAUAUGCGCCGAGCUCCGGAGCUUCCUGCGGGCCAAGUUGCCUGACAUGCCCCUUCGGGACAUGUACCUGAGCGGCAGCCUCUAUGACGACCUGCAGGUGGUGACAGCCGACCACAUCCAGCUCAUCGUGCCCCUUGUGCUGGAGCAGAAUCUGUGGUCUUGCAUCCCUGGCGAGGACACCAUCAUGAACGUCCCUGGCUUCUUCCUGGUUCGCCGUGAGAACCCGGAGUACUUUCCUCGUGGCAGCAGUUACUGGGACCGCUGCGUGGUAGGGGGCUACCUCUCCCCCAAGACAGUGGCAGACACGUUCGAGAAGGUGGUGGCUGGCUCCAUCAACUGGCCGGCCAUAGGGUCCCUCUUGGACUACGUGAUCCGCCCCGCCCCGCCCCCGGAAGCCCUGACCCUGGAAGUUCAGUAUGAGCGUGACAAGCAUCUUGUCAUUGACUUCUUGCCAUCAGUGACCCUUGGUGACACCGUCUUGGUGGCCAGACCGCAUCGCCUCGCCCAGUAUGACAACUUGUGGAGGCUGAGCCUGCGUCCUGCUGAGACGGCGCGCCUGCGGGCUUUGGACCAGGCCGACUCAGGCUGCCGGUCUCUGUGCCUCAAAAUCCUCAAGGCCAUAUGCAAGUCCACCCCGGCUCUGGGCCACCUCACUGCCAGCCAGCUCACCAACGUCAUCCUCCACUUGGCCCAGGAGGAGGAGGACUGGGCCCCAGAUAUGCUGGCCGACCGAUUCCUGCAGGCCUUGCGGGGACUCAUUAGCUAUUUAGAGGCUGGCGUCCUACCCAGUGCCCUGAACCCCAAGGUGAACUUAUUUGCAGAGCUCACCCCUGAAGAAAUAGACGAAUUGGGGUACACUCUCUAUUGCUCAUUGUCUGAGCCGGAAGUGCUGCUGCAGACGUAGGCAGGCGAAGGCCGGCGCGGCGGCGGCGCUCAGGCCCCGGCUCAGACAGGCACCCCGGGCUGCGUGGCCGGGGCCUCACGAGCUCCCGGGUCCGUCUCGGUGGUCUCGCGGCCACUUCACGCCGACUAGAAUGACCUCUCCUGCUGCCCUAGUUUCUCACCCGGCCCUUUCUAUUUUUGUUACCAAGCACUGUGCACCCCUCUUCCCCUCCCUCUUGCUCCAAGCUGAUUUUUCGGGAAUGAAUUGAAAAGACGGAGAGGAGCUCUGGCGGAGCCGGGGGCCGCUUGGAGUUUGUGUUGGGCUCAGGCCUCUGCCUCUGUUGCCCUCUGGCUGUUCCUUCCGGUGGCGCCUCUGUCCUCUUGCUCACGUCUUCUGUUCUGUGUGGAGCACAUCUGCCUCAUCAGGAUGUUGCCUUCUAGCUGAAUGUCACUGGAGGGUUUGACUGCAUGUUUCCAGCUGACCUCUGCGCAGCGCGUGCCCAGCAGUAUUUAUAGUCUCUGGGGUACAGCUGGCGGGGCAGCUGGCUUUGACCUGGUCCCGGGUAGAGAAGCCUGCGCCCUCCUGACCCGCUCGCCUUCCGAAGUGCUGAGAAGGUCCCUCGUGGGAACACGGCUCUCGGCCCACACAGUGCACAGGCUCAUGAUAAACCGGAUGCAAAGUUACUUGGGGACUGUGCUUCUUGGUGGCCGGGAGCGAGCGCAGAGGGGGGUGGUGAGGUUGCCGGCCUCGGGCGUGAGAGGCUGUGUGCUCCCGAGGGCUCUGGUGGUGCUGGAGUCAGACAGGGAGGGAGGGCUCGGGCGCCUUCAGGGUCACAGGCGGGGAGAGUGGCGCCCCGUGUUUCCUCCCCUCAGGCCCUGCCUUGUUAGACCAAGAACAGGCCCCACAGCCAGUCCUUCAUCCCGUGUGGCCCCAGGAGCUGCUGUGUGCUGAACUCUGGGCCCUUCACCCCUCCUGGUCCCGCCUGCGGGAGACGUGCUGCUGGGCAGAGGGUGCACGGAUGAAACCAGGGGAGGAGUGGGGUGCCGCCUCCCUGUUCCCGCUGCUACAGUUGCACUAUUUAUUGCAGUGUAAAGAGUACCCGGAGGUGGGGAGGAAUGUUUAAUACACAGUGUCUGUGCAUCUUCUUGUUCUGUUUUUCCGUUUUCCCCACUUGUGGCAAGGAACUGAUAAAUCUGUUUCUGACCAGCCCAUCUUUUUCUCCUCUUUCUUCCUCUCCAUCAGAGGUUGUGGUGAAGCGCGCUCGGCAGUCUCAUCCCCUCCCAAUGACAGUGACACACAGGGACUAAAUCCACCCUUGGUUUGGGUUGGGAGUCCUGCCCCUGCCCCUGCCCGUCAUGGGUUAGGGGUUGAGGGGGGGUUAGCCCGCGCAGUAUCUGGGGAAGCCUGCUCUGCCCCCACAUGCAAGGGCUUCUUAAGGCGACUUCCCUCGGCUCAUUUGUGUGAAGAUACUGCAAGAGAAUGACAAAUCCGAAGCUGUUUCCUGGCUGUGGAUCAGACUCAGAUGGAGCUUUGAGAAUCAGUAAUGCUGAGCGCUGCCCGGCACAGCUGCUGCAGAGCCCUGGGCAGGCCGCAGCGACGGUGCCAGCUUGACAUCUGGUGUCCAUUACAGGGAAGGGGGAGAGGGAAGGUGGACGAAGUGCGGCCAAAGCGUGGGUUCUUCGCUGAGAUGGGGGUUGUUCCCAGGCAUGUCUCGACCAGAUUCCAUGUAAAACAUGGGAGGGAGAAGCUCAGACGUCCCAGAUUAUCCAAGCCAGCAAGCCAGGUGUCGCUGCUUUUAGGAAGGGAAGCGAUCUCACCUCAUCUCUUACACAGCGUCCGUGUCAGGGCAUCUCUGGUUUCACAAAACCAGAAGCCAUAACCGCCCCUUCAGAAAUUAGAAAUUCUUAGAAGUUCUCAGGACUGGGAGCAGUGGGGAUUCUUGGCCAUGGUCUCCAGGGCUGCAGAUGUACUGGGCAAGCCCCGUAACACAGGAGACGAAUUCUUAGAUAGGAGGGGGCCACCCUGCUCCCCUGCCCCUCCCCCCAAGUUUUUAAGUCUUUGGGGAAAUAGAGUGCCUUUCUCCACCGGUUCCCUACUUGGCAACUCUUCCCCCUCCUACCCCGCCCUGAUUCCUUAGGUCAUAGCAUCUACUCUUCUCAGUUUGGACAUUGUUUUGCAAUAUCAAAGUUAGUAAAAGUCUAAAAGGUUAAAAAGUAAUCUUGAUAAUCCAAUUCCAAAACAUUUUGUUUCCCAGUUGCUCCGUCCUUAAAAAUGAGUUUAGGACAACAGACAACAGUAUUUUCUCUAUAAUCUUGGUUGUGACUCGCCCCAUAUCCCCAAAUAAACAA